AUACCCUGUCGAAUAGCAAGAGGAGGAGGAGAUCGUUACGCUAUUUUUUUAUUAUUCUCUUGUUAGUAAUAAAAAAUCGCGAAUCCACCUAUAUAAUGGCCAACUGAUGCCGGACCGAGACGAGUUAACUCGAACUGUUAUAAUUCAACGAGUUCUGCAGGGGGAAAAUACAGGGUGUAAGUACGAAGUACAAAAGUGGCAAUCCCGGCCUGACUGAUCCGAGGCGUAUCCGGGAUGAGCUAGCUACCAACCCCCGCCUAACCGCCAAUCUUAACAGGCAGCAUUGUAAACCUUCAGGUUCAGUCAUCGUCCAACAAGUAAAGAAUGUGGUCCGUUAUUGCUGCAUUUAUUGGACUCUGUGCGCUUGCCAACAGCAAUAUGGUCCAAGUUAACUGCCCGAAGACUGGCAUUUACAUUCACGUCAUGCCUUCGGCUAACUGCAAACUGUUUUACGUUUGCACUAGUGGCACGGUAAUUAUUCUAGAAUGUCCGCCAGAUACUAUGUUUUCUUCGGAGGAAAAGAAAUGCAAAGCUAGUGGUGAAUGUCGUGAACUAGUCUGUGCUGGAAGGAUUGAUGGAAUAUAUGCAGAUCCUAUAGAAAAUUGCACUCGCGUUUAUAAAUGUACUGCUGGUAAAGUCAGCCAUGUGCACACCUGUGCAAAAGAUGGAGCGCAAUGCAGUGAGAUCGAAAAAGAAAAUAAUUGUCCGGAAAUAAAUUAUUCGACAGCUUUAAUAUUGAGAAAACGUGAUAUUUGCAAAACAAGAACAAACGACUUAUAUGCUUUGAAAGAUUGUUCAAGAUAUGUUAAAUGUUUGGACGGAAAGGAGGUUUCGCUUAAAACAUGUCCAAGCGGAAGAAAGUUCAAUGGUACAUUGUGUGUUGAAAACUAUGAAUGUGGUAAUAUAUGUACAGCAAAAGAAGAUGGUUUUUAUGCAGAUGAGGAGGCCGAAUGCCAACAAUAUGUUUCCUGCAAGAAUCAGCUUGUCAAAUCUAGACAUCAAUGCCCUUCCGGAACUGUUUAUGAUGGUUCUUCUUGCAUAGUUAGCUCAACAAAUGUGUGUCCUUCAUUCAAAAAAUGCCAAGGGAAGCAAGAUGCAGAUUACUUCCGUAAUUGUUCGAGUUACUUUGAAUGUUCUAAUGAAGCUGUGAUCUAUGAAAAAAGUUGCCCGGAUGGGGAGAAUUUCAAUGGGACUAAUUGUGUACCUCAAAAUAUGUUCUUCUGUCAAGGACCAAAUCUAAGUCCUGAUUGUUUGGGCAAAAACGGCUUCUUUUUCAACCAAUAUUCUGGAUGCAAUGCAUAUCAUUUCUGCGCCUUUGGAAAUAAGCUUGUUUUCAGAUGUCCUGAAAACCAUAUUUUUAAUGGAAAGCGUUGUGUUUUAAAGAACCAAUUCCAAUGUCCAAAUAAGACAAACCUGUGUGAAGAGAAGUUUGAUGGUCACAACCACGAUAUGGAAUCAAAAUGCUUAAUGUAUCAGGUUUGUUUUGAAGAUGAUCUAAACAAACAUCUUGUAACAUUGCCUUGUCCACAAGGAGAAAUUUUUAAUGGUCAAGAAUGUGUAAAGCCAUCAAUGAUCGUCUGUCCUUACAAAGACAAAGAGUGUAAAAAUAAAAGUGAUGGCUAUUACACAUACAAACUUAUAAAAGAAAACUACUUCUGCAAAAACAGUUCAAAACUGAUGUCAAAACUGACACUGAAAUGUGGUACCAAUUCUUCUGGUUGUAACUUUUAUUCUCAUCCUGAAAACAUCUGCUUGGAAGUCAAAAAAGGGUAUUUAACUGACACAAAGUGCAGAAUGUACUAUGUCUGUACAAACUACAGUUUAACAUCUUAUGGUAAAUGUGAGCCUACUCAUGUCUUCAAUGGAGAAACUUGUGUAGACAGCAAUAGUUUUCAGUGUCCAGCACAGUCAAAAUCAUGCCAAGGGUUAAUAAAUGGUUUCUAUCAGGAUAUUGAUUCUGGGCGUAAAAAAUAUUUCUUUUGCCUUAAUGGGGUGAAAACUGAAUUUUCCUGUCCAGAAGGAAAAGUACACAAUGAGGAUGUUUGGGAACUAAACAACAACUUUAAAUGUACAACAUUUCUUUCCAGGCCAAAUUUUAUUCAUGUGACUUAGUGUUACUUGUUAUUCCUUGGUUUUAGUAUGUUUUUGGUUAUUUUACAUGUAUUGUUGUAUAUAAAAAGUUUUAUUGCCACUAAAUGAGAAAAUUUCUUUUUAAUUGAGCUAUGUAAGAAGAAUACCUGUACUUUUGUAAUGUAUUUUCUAUCAUUUUUACACAAUGUACUGAAAAAAAUAAUUGUAUAAAGCUAGUUUUUUAGUUGUUCAAUUAGAUAGUAUUUUUAAAAAUUUAAUUAAUUGGUAAACAAAAAAGUGAAUCUUACUUGAA